AUGCUGGGUCGUGUAUUGCCUACCCUGAAACACACUCCUUCCCUUCUUUCCACGGCAAUGAUUUCCGUGAUGCCCGAUAGAGUUUCUACCUCAGAGGGUUGCGCAGGUGUCACACCUCGAGUGCUACCGAACUUGUCGAAGAGUCCCUUCACGGAAAUUCCCCAGGCAUGGUUGUCUACUUUUGAUGCAAUUGAGGAUCGGAAACUAGGCCUGAUAGAUCUUCAUCCUGAUGUGUUUCGAGUUCCUCCAAGACUGGAUAUUUUACAUAGGAAUAUAACAUGGCAGUCGGUGUAUCGCAACGUUCAGCUGACGAAACAGCUCACACGUGCAGAAAUGCCUGGUGGAGGUCGUAAACCUUGGCCUCAGAAGAAAACUGGGCGUGCUCAUGUUGGUUCGAUUCGUUGUCCACAGUUCAUCAAUGGUGGUUUUGCCAACGGCGUUCGUGGACCACGGACAUGGUUUUAUAUUCUGCCGGAUCCAGUCCGAUUGAAAGGUCUCUGUGUGGCUCUCACAUUAAAGCAUGCGCAAGAUUCUCUGCAUAUUGUCGAUAGAUUGGACCAACUACCAACAGAUUCAGAUGCUCAGUUCCUUCAAGAUUUAGCAGAUUCUCGAAACUGGGGUUACUCUGUCCUAUUUGUUAAUGAAACUGAUGAGAUAAAAGGAGGCCUCGCAGCGGCGAUUGAGCAAUUGCCGUCGUUCACUGCUAUGCCAGUUUAUGGACUGAACUGUUUCUCACUUAUGAAAUACGAUACAGUAGUACUUUCCAAGAAUGCACUCGACUUACUGGAGCAGCGUUUGCUAAAACAGCUGCAUAGGGCUGGUCCAAUGAAUAAGAAGUAUAGGUAUAUUGAUUACAAAGAAAGAAUAUUGAAUGAGGGUGAGAAGGAAGAUGAUCCUUUGCAACCACCAAUAGUGUAG